AUGAACUCCCUGCAGAAAGAUUACCUGAUCAUCAUCAUCAUCAGCCUGAGGUAUUACGAGACCAUAUCAGGCAUGAAUACCAGUGUGGAGGGCGACGAGAGAACGUCAAACACUGUGUACAUCCACAAACAGCUGCAGAGCGAAUUCAUUCAGAACGGCUGCAGGAACUACAGGUUCAUUCCUAUUCUGUUCCCGGGAGCUAAAAAGUGUUACGUUCCCACCUGGCUGCAAAACACGCACGUCUACAGCUGGCCGAAAGAUCGGGACGAUAUUCUGCGCAGGUUAAUGCGUGUGGAGAAAUACAACCCUCCUCCCAUCGGCCCUCUGCCGACCAUAGUCUCCAUUCCUCUUUAGAGCAGCGUCCUGCUUCCACUGUGACAAAUGAGCCAGAACCAACAUCAGCCACGAUUAAAGGGGUCAUAUGGUGUUUGUAAAAGAGCAUUA